AUGGGUAUUUGUUUACAGAAAGAGAAUGACAAUAAAUCAAAUUAAAUUGAAGAUUCGAAAACUGAUUCAAGUAAUCAAAUUCCAGGAGAUGCUAAAUAAAUAAAACUCAAUGAUUAAUUGAAUAUGGUAUGUUUGGAAGAUUUUAUAUUUACAAAGGUUAAUUAAUAUAUUUAAUAGUAAAAAGGUUGUUGGUAGAGGAUCAUUUGGAAAGGUAAUGUUAGUUUAACAUAAAAUGACAAAAAAAAACUAUGCAAUGAAAAUACUUAGAAAGGAUAUAAUAUAGGAAAAGGGAUAAUAAGUUCACACAAUGAAUGAAAGAUAAAUUUUAGAAGUGGCUUAACAUCCAUUUAUCGUUUAAUUACAUUAUGCAUUCUAAACUCCAGAAAAACUAUAUUUAGUUACAGAUUUUCUUGUUGGGGGUAAUACUUAAUUGAAAAUUAUAGGCGAAUUGUUCUACCAUUUAAGAAAAUCUAAAAAGUUUUCUGAAGAUAGAAUGAAAUUGUAUGCUGCAGAAUUAAUUUUGGCACUUGAUUAUCUUCAUUAAAAAGGAAUUAUUUAUAGAGAUUUAAAACCAGAAAAUAUUUUGAUAGGAGCUGAUGGUCAUAUUAAAUUAACAGAUUUUGGUUUAUCUAGAAUUAAUUUAAAAGAAGGAGAAAGAACUUAUACUUUUUGUGGUACACCUGAAUACUUAGCCCCUGAAAUUUUAUUAGGCUAAGGACAUGAUUAAUCAGCAGAUUGGUGGAGUCUUGGUGCAUUAAUGUAUGAAAUGAUUGCAGGAGCUCCACCAUUUUAUUCAAAAGAAAAAGGGAUAAUGUUUAGAGACAGACUUGAGAAAUAAAUUGAGAUGAAACCAUGGUUUUCUGAAAAUGUUUCCAAUCUUCUUACUGGAUUAUUAAUUAAUGAUCCAAAUAAAAGAAUAACUAUUCAAUAAAUUAAAUCCCAUCCUUUUUUUGGAUCACUAUCUUGGGAUGAUGUAUAUAACAAAACCAUUAAACCAUAAUUUAUACCCAAACUAAAAAAUGAAUUAGAUUUAUAAAAUAUUGAUCCAAUAUUUACAUAAGAAGAAAUAAAUGAUACUCCUAUUAAUACAUUAAAAGUAGGUACUUUUGACAAAUUUACAUAUGCCAAUUCAUAAAUAUUUAAAUAAUGA